AUGAAGACCCUGAUCCUGUGCCUUGGCCUCAGCCUUGUUGCUGCCCUGCAGGCCCAGGCCUUCCGUGUCACAGAAGAGAAUAUAGAUCUGACAGGAAUGUGGUAUUUGAAAGCUACAGCAUCUGACAAGGAGAUUCCUGGCCUGGAUUUAAGGUCUAUGUCUGUGACUCCCAUGACCAUCAAGACCCUGGAAGGGGGCAACCUGCAAGUCAACUUCACUGUCCUGAUUGAAGGACGAUGCCACGAGAUGAACACUGUCCUAGAGAAGACAUCUGUGCCUAUAAAAUACACAGCCUAUGGGGGCACUCAGGAGCUCUUCAUCAUACCAUCUGCUGUGGAGGAUCACUACAUCUUCUACUGGAAAAACAACAUACACGGGGAACAAUUCCGAACUGUAAAACUCGUGGGCAGAGACCAUGACCUCCACCAGGAGGCACUGGAAGAUUUUCAGAAUGCUGUGAAGGCUGGAGGCCUCAACACAGAGAGCAUCCUCAUCCCCAGACAGAGUGAAACCUGCCCUCUCGGAAGCGAUUAGGCAAGGGAUACCGGGGUCCAGGCUGCCUCAGAGCAUUGCUGCACCCAGACCUCCUGAGGGCAGGACACAGAAGUGCUCCCUCCCUCUCCCUUCUGGCUUCACCCAUCCCUUCCCUCUGCCUCCCACUCC